AUGUCGCAGAUGAGAGCAGUUGCGGAUGAGUUUGACGCCACAAAAUUGAAGUUCCCGAAAAAAUUUGAAACUGCUGACACGUUGAUGAUUUCCGAAGUAAAAUUCCUUCUUGAGCACAGGUAUGCUUAUCAGCAUUUGUUGACUGAUUUUCCUACGAAGGAACAAAACGAAAAUAAUCCUGUCCACGAACUCGAACUGUCAAACAACUUUGUUAAAGCCUUGAACUAUACAACACAGUUUUCGAAGUUCAAUAACCGCGAAACGAUUGACAGUGUUCGCAGUCUAUUAGUUCAGAAAAGGUUUCAUAACUUCGAACUAGCCGCAAUCGCAAAUCUUUUGCCGGACACUGCAGAGGAAGCCCGGGCUCUGAUUCCAAGUCUCGAAAGUCCCCGUUUCCCCGAAGACGAACUCCAGCAAAUACUUGAUGAAAUCCAGUCUAAACGCAGUUUCCAAUCUUGA